CUACAACAAUCCACAGGACAUGCGACGUUUUGACCAAGAUAAGCGCCGCUCAGGUUCUUUCAGAGGGCGGCCUCACUGCACCUAUUGUGGAGAGAUGGGUCAUUUUAUUGAGAGAUGUUAUCAACUGAACGGAUAUCCUCCGGGUCACCCAAAAGCAAGAUCGGGCUCUAACUCUAAAUCGAACCGUUUCAAGAAUGCUCCUGCAGCCAAUCAAGUUUCUGAGGGUUCAAGCCGAGAUGAAGGAAAGUCGGUAGUGACAACUGAAAUUUCUGAGGCUCAAAUACAGCAGCUUUUGUCUCUUCUCAAGGACAAAGACGGAAAUACAAUUUCUCAAGCAAAUGCGGCAGUAACCAAACCAGGAUCUGGAUACGAGGAAGAUGAUUGGUUUGGGUAAGCAGCGUGAUGGGCUAUACUACUUAGUGGCAUUAGCGACGAAGAAAACCAC